CAUGUUGUUUGUACACUGUACCCAGCUGCUGGACUAUUCCAACUCCUCUCAGCAGAGAAAACACGGGGACUUUCUCUCUCUCUUUCUCUUUUUUCUUUGCUAUUUUCCUAACUCCGCUUUUUCUUUUUCUCCACUUGUGUUACUGCUGUUUCCGUUUCUCCCUUAACCGAGAACUUUUUUUCACUACAGUCACUAGCUUUUCAAAGCUUUAUUUUAGCGAUAUAAAUACAAAUAUAAUAUAAAUACAUAAAAAAUUGAUAUCCAGGAUUUUAGAUAUAUGCAAAUGAGAAGACGUAAAAGAUGGAGCUGCAUAUUUUAGAGCACAGUUUAAAAGUAGCUAGCAUAGCAAAAGAAGGGAUCCAGUUUUUCACACACGGAUUAAUCAAACUCGCCUUCCUGCCCUCCAAAACAAGGUGUAAAUUCUUCACUCUGACAGAAACACCGGAGGACUAUACCAUUAUUGUGGAUGAAGAGGGGUUUAAAGAGCUGCCUGUGUCCGAGUUUCUGAGUGUGGCUGAGGCAACAUGGCUUGCACUGAACGUGGUCUCGGGGGGUGGGAGUUCCUCCAGCAACCAGCCAAUCGGAGUCACCAAAAUUGCCAAGUCAGUUAUCGCACCGCUGGCUGAUCACAACAUCUCUGUUUUCAUGCUCUCCACCUACCAGACCGACUUCAUCCUGGUGCGAGAGAGGGACCUGCCCCUCGUGAUGCACACACUCUCCUCAGAGUUCACUCUCCUGAGGGUCGUCAAUGGUGAGGCGGUGGCAGCCAACAGUCUUGGGAUGACCAAUGGUUUUGUCAAGCCCAAACUCGUCCAGAGGCCUGUGAUCCACCCCCUAUCCAGCCCCAGCAACAUGUUCUGUGUGACCAGCCUGGAUCCAGACACCCUGCCCUCCGUCGCCACGAUUCUAAUGGACGUCAUGUUCUACUCCUCCGGGGUGAAGGAGUCUGCAGCACCCAGUGACGAUUUGGAGUACAUCAGGUUCUUCUCCUUCUCUCUGAUUGAAGGCUACGUCUCCUUGGUGAUGGAUGAGGAGACACAGAAGAGGUUCCCCCUUAACGUGCUCUUCACCAGCGCCUCCGGAGAGCUCUGGAAGAUGGUGAGGAUCGGAGGGCAGCCGCUGGGCUUCGAUGAGUGUGGGAUCGUGGCUCAGAUAUCUGAAUCCCUGGCUGCUGCUGACAUUCCUGCCUACUACAUCAGCACCUUCAAAUUCGACCAUGCUCUUGUUCCAGAAGAGAACAUCCAGAGUGUGAUUGGAGCCUUGAGGACCAACAAGGGAGGGGGGCAGUGACGGAAGGGAUUGGUAUUCGGGGUCCCCCUCUUCCCAAAAUACCCCCCACCUCACACAGCCGCAGCUUUGUGUCCAGAGUACUCGAAGUGCCAGGAUCGGACAGAGGGCUGCCAUCGAGAAAAAACUAAACAGUGGAGUGGAGGAAAGACCCUCUCCUUCUCUUGCCUCCCCUCGCAAGGACUGUGCCAACCCACCACCUUGUUCCAAAGCUAGCAUUACUAUAGUGUUUUUUUCUCUCUCUGGCCUCGCAUAGUUUCCAUGGCAAGGAACCAAAUUGAUUAAUUAUUCAUUCUCCUAUUGGGGAAUGGAGGUUAGGAAAAUAAUUAUUAGCUGAAAAUGCCUUGUUUUGUUUUCUGAUGUUUGCUCCCUCCUGGCCUAUAUAUAUCGGGGGACAGUACAGAGAAGAUAGACAGAGGCUUUAGGCCCGCACUUUCACACAAGGCUGGAAGCCUGCACUACAAAAGACAAAAAUAAAAUGAGCCACUGACUGAACUGCUAACCACACACAGAACUCAGACUUGUCAAACAGACAUUGAUUUUGGAGGAAUCUAGGAUAUAGAAAAUAUAAUGGGGCAGAUAUGCACUGAUUUAAAACAAAACUUAGGCCUUGUUCACACUGGACUUGUUAUAGUCUGUUUGGAUUCGUAGAAUCAUGAUUGCUGGUAAUAUCUAGAAGUUAACAUUCUGAAUUUGUUUGGGGGUUAAGCAGUUCAUUAUAUUUUUUCUCUGUGAAGACGUGGCUCCUCACCAGCCACCAUUCGAAACCAUAUCUUGUUGAGCAGAGAGAAAAAAAAACAGAGAAUAGGUUACUUAUGGUAUGGAGUGGAAUGGUUGCCAAGCCAUGUUGUUGAUGCUUAGGUAUUGAGAUCAAUCAGCUGCUAGGAACUAGCAUUGAAGGGCCAAAUACCCUCCUCUCGUUUGUAAAUUAUGCUCUUAUGUUCUCUUUACACUGGUUUUUAGUAGGUAAAUCAGAAAUAGUUCUAGGAGAAAACUGGACCAGCUCUUUAAUGGUACCAGUUGGGUUUGACCAUUUGAAACCAACAAACAAACCUGGUGUGAACAAAUCUACACCUUCCCGAUAGCACUUCCCUCCACAAAAGUGACAAAUAUAAUUUCUAUUAGGAGCGUGCCGAUACUGUUUCAGAGUAAUCCCAUUUUAGAUUUUUUUUUUUUGUUAAAUGAAACCAAACAAACCUAUAUGAAAAUAAAAAUAUUUUGCAAAGCCAGCAAAUGUAACUGGCAUGUCAUACCCGCUAGUUUGAUCACAGCGGGUUCUAUAUUAAAUCACACUGUCAUAAUGUUACUGAUUGGUACCCCGCUACUGCGUAACCCCUGAAAGGCUUUGUUCCUUGUUGAGUAAAUGACACAUUGUAUUAUCUAACAACUUAAAACGAAUAACAGAGUAUCUGCACAGCCCUGAUCUACAUGCUCCUCUACCAAGUGUUUCUCUCACCUCUGCAAUGUGUUCACCAGCACAUUACCAGUCUUAUGAAAAACACAUAUAGAAUGCAUUCGGAAAAGUAAUUGAGAAACAGUGUUGCUGCUAGAUUCUGAAUGUAUGGUUUUAGCUACUUUAUAAAACAUUGUAAGGGGUUCAUUUUGUACACUGCCCUGUCAAACUAUAUCAAACCAGCUUGUACUAUUUGAAUUUUUUUAAAGUGUUUAACUAGAGGUGUGAAGAAUGAUUCAAUCCUGAAGGAACCCAUGUAAUGAAAAACGCAUAAACUUGUGCCAAACAAAAAUUAUAAAUAAAUUCUGCUUUACUGUUUGCCAGUUAAUUACAACUA